AUGAACGAUAAUCCAGCCGAGGUAAUCUUCGAUGGGCCUCCCAAGAGUCCUUCGAUUGAUUUCGCGUAAGUACUGUAAUUUUAUAACUGAAAAUUAUUUUUUAAUUUAAAUUUUUAAACAUUUUCAAAUUUUUUAUACAAGCUAGAGUAGGGUAAGAUACAGCAGGUAGUGAAGGGUUAGGUAGUGGGUAGUGAGUAGGGUAGGGAAAUGUCGGGUAUGGUAGGGUAGGUUAGGAUAAGGUAGGAGUACGUUAGAGUAAAAAGCAACACAAAAUAGUUGUUUUUUAUGCUUUUCCGGAUACACAAAAUGACAGAAAAUUAAAUUUAAAAUUGCUUUUCUUGCAAAAUUAAUGCAUAAUAAAUGUUGUUGAUUACAAAUUGGUGUUUCUUGGAGUUAAUUAAGCUUAUUAAAGGCUAAAAAUGGCACAAAUUGAUAUUUUUUUAUAUGAAAAACCUUUUUAUUGACUAAAUAUAUCAAUAAUGUUAUGUGUGAAAUGAAAACAUACCAUAGUUCGUAUAAAAAGUAAUGAGCUAUGUCUCAUAGUCAUGUAAAGUUUAAUAGCUUAUUACUUUUUAUACAAUUAUAUAAUUACUAGGGGAGUGUAAAAAAUUUUUAAACGUGUCUCAAUUUUUUAAAUCAAAUUUUUUUAAAAAUUUUUUUUAAUUUUUCAAUUUUAGUGGUUUUUCAAUACCCGAACUUCCAAGAGGCAAGGUAUUGAAGUUGGCGUUAGCUGGACCUUGGGACGAUCCAAUAUACAUGGGACUGAAUGCCAUCGAAAUAUUUUGUUCUAAUGGUGCUAGAGCUGAGGUUGAAAAUGUAAGUAUUCGAGUAUCGGUUUGGCAUUACAUACAAACAAAAAAGUCUUUGUUUGCGCGGCCUGCAGCCCUUGGCUCUACUUAAACGUUCUAGACCGGUCUUUUUCAUGCUUGCUGUAAGUUUUAAAGUGAGUCAGGCCCGUGUGAGCCAGCCAAGCUUAGCCUAGGGAUCUAGUUAAUCUUUUUUUAAGUCUAGUCUAGCUCCUUCCUUUACCCUAUAGUUUGACCUUUUAAGACUAAAAUAGUCAAAGCCCAUAACAUUAAAAUGCAUUUUAACCAUCAUUUCUUGAGGUUUCAUUCAUUUGAACUUUUUCAGUUCAAGAACAAUUUGUCAGCCUGCUUAAGCUGUAAUGCCAUGUUUUGAAUUAAUAGCGUAUUUCCUGUUGUAACAGCUUAAUGCAGUCUGAACUAAAGUAAGAGCUUAAUGACUUUGAAUAGCGUCACUUUGCUAUCAUGUCGUGAUGUUGAAAGUUACUCUAAUAUAACUGUACUCUGAUGAGUAGGUUUACAAGUCUUGUCGCAUUAUAAGCAGAGUUAACUGUAACAUAUAAUUGUUUGGCAUGGGUAAUAUAUGUUGUUUUGCAAAAGUUGUAUAUUAUAUGAGUUUGGUUAGGUUAUGUUACUGUUCUGUUAUAGUAUAGUAUAGUGACAUAUAUUGUUAUAGAUAGAAUCCGACGCCAACGAAGAAUACGGUAACUUGAAGAAUCUUUUACAUUGUGCAACAUGUGUCAGUACGGAUGCUAGGGAUAUGUGGAUGUGCAAGUACGAACGGGUACACCUGCCAGUGAACUUAUCAUUGACUUUUAAAGAGCCAACUACAAUAGCUAUGAUUAGGAUAUGGGUAAGGCGUUUAAAAUACGAUAUUUUAAUAGUAGCUACCAAUAUAUUAUGUGUAGCGUAAGAUAGGACAAGCUAGGGUAGGGUAGGGUAGGGUAAGGUAAGGUAAGGUAAGGUAAGGUAGGAUAGGGUAGGGUCAGAGCAUCUUAUAAUACAUAAUGUUAACCAAAACCUAUAGUACUGCCUACAUCAAUAUGCUUUGUAGUCACAAUAACUAUAAACCUUAACUGAUUUCAGAACUACAGUGAGAGUCGCGUGUACGCUUUGCGUGGCGUCCGUCGAAUGAAAAUGUUUUUGGACGAAGAGUGCAUUUUCAAUGGUGAAAUCAAUUGUGCUUUCGUGGACUUUGAUAGGCGACCGUUGGGUGAUGUAAGUGCUUGGUUAUUGUCGUAUUUUAAAUUUUUUAAAUGUUAUAGUAGUGCCGUGUAAAAGUAAGAACUUGUCUUUUUGUGAUUUCUGAAAUAUGCUAGAGGUUGUUUUUAAUAUUUUAUGGUCGUGCUUACAAUGUAUGCCAUAUGGCAUAGAUGUUGAUUGAAAUUAGCAUAUAGAGAGGAGAAUAUCGGGUAGAAGACGGUAUAUUAAGAUAGUCUUAAAAAUGGUUGUUUAUAGAGCAGGGGUAGUUCUUUAGGUCAAGUAUAAAGAAAUUGGGACAGGGUUGAGUAGGACAGAGUAUAAUUUUUUUGCAAGUUUUUGGUGCUCCAUGGUUAGUUUUUUAAAAAGAACGAACCUAUCUGCUCUUUUCUCACUUACUAGUUUAUGUCUACUUCUGGCAGUUUGACUACUGUUUUGAUUAAAGGUGGACAGCUAAUAAUAAACCUUCUUUAAAAAAUUGUUUUUUUAUAGAUUUCACUUUUGCUUUUUGCUAUGAAGACUUGAAUAAUUUCUGUAGCUCAUAAAAUGCAAGAUAGUAACGUAGCUUUUUUAAAAUUUGCAUAAAGCAGUAUCAACUUUAAGUGUGCAAAAAACCGUCUUUGUAGGUAUCUCCAUCUCAAAAAUUGGAGGCUUUUUUGUAGAUAUCGCGAUCUUUCAGAACGAUGUCUUCUUUGUAGGUAUCUCCAUCGCCAAGAACGGAGACUUCACUUUUGAGUUUGUGGCAGUAUAAGUAUCUAGGUUGAACCAAAAGUAGUGGGACACAUUAUAGCUGAAAAAUAAAGGAAAAGUGUCCCGCUACUUUUGGUGUAAUCCAAUACUAGGUUGUUCAAAUAAUUCCGUGCCUUCUAAUUCUGAAGAUUUGCUUUGAGUGUGGGCACAGAAUUAUUUGAACAACCUAAUAGAAGGGACGAUAUUUUUAAAUUUAACUGUUUCAAUCUAUUAAAAACUACAGAAUACAAACAAUAAUCCCGAGUACAUGCCAAAACACUUUCAGUACAAUAUAAACUUCAAAGCGUGACUUUUGGCUGAAAUAAACAGCGCCAAGCUUGACUGGUUUCUUAAUUUCGAUUGACGCAAAUGAAACUGUACUGUGUUACAGUGUUUAGUAACAUUUCACGCUUUAUUAGAUGGUGUUGCCUUUGGAUGGGCGGGGCGGACAGAUUAGUGUGACAUUAAUAUAAAGUGUGAUAUUAGUGUAAAUAUGGAAUGAUUAGAAUUUUUGCGGUAUUUGGUUACGUUGGGGACAGGCAUCAAAUAUUAAUGAGAUAUUAAUGAUGCUCACGAUUGUUAUAAUACCAUGUAUAAUGUUUUGCAAAGCUAUAGAUCUUCUAAGCUUUUAAUAUUGUAAUCAUGUUUUACAGUAUUAUGUUAGGGUAGUGUGGGGCUUGGGUUGAGUAGGUUUUGGACAGUGUAACAUUUGCUUACUUGUUAGGUGUAAAGUAAGCUAGGGUUGGUUGGAGUAUGUUAAGAGGGAAUAAAGGAGAAGGAUAGGGUAGGUUUGGGGAGCGUAGUCUAGGUCUUGGGGAGAGUAGGGUAGGAUAGGAUGGGAUAGGUUAAGGUAGGGUAGGAUACGGUAGGGUAGGGUAGGGUAGGGUAGGGUAGGGUAGGCUAGGGUAGGGUAGGGUAGGGUAGGGUAGGGUAGGGUAAGGUAGGGUAGGGGGAGAAGAAAUAGAAGGACUAUCUGGGUAAGUGGAUAGACUUUUAUUGUAUUGGUUUAAUGUAAAAACUAAAAGUACUGUUGAUUUGAAAAGUGCAUUAUCUUUUGCUGUGUAUAUACAGUGAUAGUCAAAUCUGUUUACAGUGUUAUUAUACAAAGAAGCCUUGUAUAUUACUGGUAAUUACACGACAAAACUGUACUUUUUGUUUUUCGGGACAAAAAUUGGCGGUAUAAAUACGUGUUAAUGAGUUUGUCAUCUUAUUUUAGAACAUAGUGUUAUCACAUAUUCAUACAUUGUUUUCUUUUCAGACAAUUCUAUUUACGACUAACGACGAAAUCUUGACAGCCAUUGCUCAAAACGACAUUUUCUUGAAUACGGUAGACGAAAUUCCAUCAUUGGGAAGUCAGAUGGACUUACUGAGUGUUGAGCCUAGUACAUCAGCUACUAGUAAGUGUAUUACUACUUAUUCUUAAGGUUUAAGCUUGUGUUACUGGGUUAGGUUUGGACUGAUUUAUGUGAUAUAUAGGUAAUAGCAGGGUUAAAGGCUUGGGAUUAGAAAGUAAAGUAAUAUAUGCAUUGGGUAAGGUACAGUAGGGUACAGUAGGUUAGAAGAGGUUAGGGUAAAGUAGGAAUACAGCAGGGAAGUGUCAUAGUAAGGGCAGGACAGGGUAGGGUUAUAGUAAGGGUAGGGCAGGGCAGGGCAGUUCAAGGCAAGGCAAGGCCGUAAAAUGCAGGGCAUGCAAGAUAGGACUAUAGUAGAUAGAGACAGCAAGGGCAUGGCUGGUAAGUGAAUUAGAUGAAUAAUAUAUUAAAACCAUUUUCAAUUGUAAAGCCACUUUUCUGUAACAAUGUGACAUAGAACAAACACAUUGUAAUUUUAAAAUGUCAGCUAACACUAUACCCGCUUUGUUCUUAAUCCAUUUACACAAACUUCGCAAAAUUUGAAAGGAUUAAUGAGAUUACGAGUGGAAGAUUAACUGAAGAAGAUAUUCAUUAUUUAUAAAUCUACAUUCACAUAUAAAGGUGUGAAUGUAGAGUAAUGUCAAGAGGGAAUAAAGGAUGUCAUGGGUAGAUGGGGUUACACGAAAUUUUGCUAUAGACUUGGCUUGGCUUGGCGUGCCGUGUUUUGCUUAGUUGUCAUCAAUAUAUAUACUCAUAUUUCUUGAAAUUUUAAAAUUUUAAUUUUAGUGUCACCAAUGCUAUCACCCUUAACAGACACCUCGAUUCAAAGACCCUUAACUGGAGCCACUUCAAUUCACUCUAGUUCAAGUGACAUUAACCUAGCAGUAUCAGAGAAAGCAGUUCAAAUCAACGAUGUGCCAACUUCAAUCAAAUUCAUCGAACGUGAAGAGAUUCACAGUGACGAUGAAGAGAAUCUGAGCGAACACUUUUUGGAAAACGAAAGUGGCGAGGGCUUUGUUAGGGGUAAAUGUAAGUUAUUUUACUGUAGGAUUGUCUACACUGUCCGUAUUUUACUAUGAUUUAUCAUCGUUACCUUACCUUGCUUUGACUUGGCUUGGUUUACCUUGCUUUGUCUUACCUUGCUUUGUUUUGCCUUGCUCUGCCCUACUCUGUGCUGCCUUGCCAUACCUUAUUUUGCUCUAUUUUACUCUACAAUGCUCCACUUUACUAUACAUUGCUAUAACUUUUCAACAUUUCAAUUGCAGUAUUCCAUCUGGAGCUCACCGCCAACUGGGGCUUUCCUGACGCAAUCGGCCUAACAGGAAUUCAAUUUCUGGGCAAAGACGGCGAACCUCUAGACAACCUUGACUGCACCGUAAGAUGCUCAAAUGACGAUGAAUCAGAUGACGCUAAACGGCUUCUAAACAACCGCAACCUCACCUGCCACCCUGAAGACAUGUUUCUAACAUCUUUUGAUGUCAACAAACCUGCUCCAACUUUGAGUUUCCAGUUUGCUGAAAACAUUGAAAUUAGCGGAAUCAGCAUUUGGAACUACAACGCUACACAAGAGCUGGCCUGUGCUGGAGUCAAGUGUAUGCAGAUCUAUAUGAACGGGAAACCGAUUGUGAAUACGGUGAUAUUGAGGAAGGCACCGGGUUAUGUCUUCUUUGAUUAUGUACAAGAUAUCAUGUUUGAUCGAUGUCAUUUGUUUCGACCGUUAACUAGUCGACCUAGUACUAACUCUAUCAGUGCUUGUGAGUUUUGUGGCUUUAUCGAGGGAUUGUCUUAACGUAUGGAGCAAAAACACUUUUCAUAGGGGGUAAUUUUUAACUUUUUGGUAGAUUAUAUGGGUAGGGUAAGGCAGGGUAGCGUAUGGUAUUGUAGGUAUGGUAGGUUAGAAGAGGGUAAAAGUACAUUUUUAUUGCUUUUUAGCUGAAAUUUUUAAUUUCUUAAGGCUUAAUUUGCAUAAUUUUAGUCAUUUUCCAAGUACGAUUAUUAUCAAGCUGGGGAGACGAGUUUUACAUUGGACUGAAUGGUAUUGAACUCUACAACAGACGCAACCAAAUUAUCAAGUUAAGGCCGCAAAGUAAGUUAUUAUCUACUAUAAUAUAAUACAAGUCAAAGUUUACGGGGUAAAAUAUCGCAGUAAAAAUUAAAAAAAUAUGUCAUCAAGCUUUACCGUGUUAAAAUAUGACAGUAAAAUCAUAAAAAACGUUUUCAAUCUUUACCGUAAUAAAAUACUGCAGUAAAAAUCAAAAAAUGUCUCCAACAUUUCUAAGCACGUAGACAAUUGAAAUUCCCGCGCUAAACAGUGGUUGAACUUACACUCUAGCCUCAAGUGGAGCCAUACAUGUCAUGAGUCGAGUGAAUGUAUGGUUAUUGGAAGGGCUCUCUCGAAAACGCGCGCUAUUUCUCUCUGUACGCGGGCAGGUUUUGAACCAUCGUCUUUCGUAACGUUACGCGAGAAAUUUAACGUUGUGCUAUGCAAACACGGGGUCAAGAGGGUUUUGUUUGCAAGUGAUAUGAACGGAAUGAGGCUUUGUGGUAUGAAAGGUUUAUAUAAGGACAAAUAAUUUUUGAAAAUUUAAUAGAAUUUUAAUUUUAAGUAAAAAAUGUGUUUAGAUUUUAUAUUAAAAAUAUUUUUGUUUCAGAUUUGGCCGCGUUUCCAGAAAGUGUCAAUAUUCUGCCAGCGGUCGAAAGAGACCCAAGGACCAGUGAAAAACUUAUCGAUGGAGUUAAUGACACUACUAAGUAAGUUGUACAUAAGGUUCACUAUCUUCCCCGAAAUGUAUCACUACUGGGAAAUCUAGUAUUACCUUAUCUUUACUGUAGGCUCAAUUAAUAAUACUCUAGUCAUACUAUAACCAUAUACAUACCAUGUCAUAUUUCAGACCUCAACACAUGUGGUUAACACCAGCAUUACCUAACAGUUAUGCUCGAGUUUUUGUGAUAUUCGACACGCCAACCUAUGUUUCGCGGAUUCGCAUCUUCAACUACAGGAAAACGCCGACCAGAGGUGUUAGACAUGUUGCGGUAAGUUGUUAUGGCUUUAAUAUUACUAAUAAAGUAAAGACUUGAUUUGAAUAACAUCACGUCACAAUAUUAAGUUGUUCAAGCAAUUCUGUGCUUGCAAUCCCUUCAGAUUAGAUUUGUGAGGGAGCACAUAAUUAUUUGAACAAUCUAAUCAAAACAAAAAAGGCGGUUUGCUUGUGUUUUUGUCUAUAGCAAAAGUUACUUUUCUUCAUUAUGUUACAUUACUAUGACAGUAAAAAUAUAUAUCAAUUUCAGAUCUCAGCAGACGACCUGAUCAUUUACAGCGGCGAAGUACCAUUAAGUACUAGUGCAGAUACUGGUGUACUAGACGUAUCUUUGAGAGAACUUGAAGAUUAUUAA